UACAUUUAAAUCCAGAACGUAUGCGAUUAUCAGAAAUUCGAAAUGAAUUAAUGCAACGAAAUAUAUUAUUUGAUGAAAAUUGUGACCGAACAGAAUUAAAAACAUUAUUACAACAAACCUUGGAUGCAGAAAAAAACUCUGAAUUGUUACCACCAAACCAAAAUUCUAUUAGUUUACCAAAUCCUUCAAUUCAAUAUACAAACACUAUUGAAGAACAAUAUCCAUUACCAAAAGGAUGGGCUAUAAAGGGGAAACAAAAAUUCGGAAAAAAAGGAGGUGCACAUAUUUCAAAAGAAGUUGCAGAUCUAUUAAAAGGAUAUUUUCAUGUUGGAAAUGCCAAUUCUAGUCAACGUUAUCAACCAGAGGAUAUGCUUCGUGCAUUAAACAAAAAAGCUGAUAAUAAUGAACUUGAUCGUACACAAAUACCUAAGCUAGAAACUAUACGCAAUUGGAUAUCCAGAUAUUCAAUUGUCAUAAAAAAAGAAAUAGCAGAAAAAAUGCUCACUAGCCUUAAUAAUAAUUCCGAAAAAUAA